GAGUCAGUCGGUUAGAGCCCGAGGCCCGCGCUGCGCCCCUCCGCGUCAGUCAGUCUCAAUCCGAUCGCCGAGUAGUUCGCGCAGUUAUCGUGUCCCACGCUUUCUCUACGGUACAGUGUGUUCAAGGCAGAGCUGUUUCGACACGCCAUUCGGUUACGAAAGUCUGCGCGAUGAUAUACAAGUGAGAGCUAACAUCGGACGCCAGGGUAACGCUCAUCGCGCACGGUGAGCCAGUUUAUUAGAUCAAAGACAUUCGAAACUCGCCACCGGGGACGGGGGGCGCGCGACGCCGUCGGGUCGCACACGCGGGAGCAACGAUUCCUACGCAUACUUACUGUGAGAGAGUCACGGAAACCAAUUUUUAAUGUGUCAAGUCAGUUUAGCUUAUUGCUGCUACGUCAGAUCGCAGAACGCUUCGAGCAGGAACUACAAGGUUAUGCAAAUGAGUUCUGAACGCUUCUAUACCAGGGGUAAUCAAAAGACCAUUCACAACUUUAAUAAACUUUAACGUUCGGUCCUAUUCUGUGUACUAAGUGCUUAUCUGUAUCGUAAACCUAUCCUUCAUUAUCGUUCGGUGUCACGAUCGCUAAUUGCUAAUUACUUACCUGGAGUCGAGUGAUAAGGCGCGAGAUCGGUGGACGAGUGUACGACGAACGCAGAUCGGCACCAGCAGGCGACGACGAUGGCGGCCGUUCAAGAGGAGACUUUGCUAUCGCGCUGCGAAAUACCUAUCAUCGACCUGGCGCAUAUAGGUACGGAUGUUUGUCCCAUGAAGUCUGUGGUGAGGCGUAUUGGUCAGCAGUUAUUUGCGGCUUUGAAUAACAAGGGGCUUGCCAUGCUUGUUAAUCAUGGAAUCGCUGAUGAGAAGCUGAAAGCCGUUUACGCUGAUUUGGAUAACUUUUGCGCUUUACCCGAGGGUUGUCAAGCGCAAUACCUUCGCAAUCCAGCCAGCAAUCACGGUUACGUAAAACCCGGAAUGGAACAAUUUGAUACGACUAAAAAGGAACUGCGUCAUUCGUUCAACAUAACGACAUUAUCGGCAGCAUCGAUGCCGGCUCAGGAGGAGGUACCGGAGUUUCUUAAGCACACAAUUCCGCUCGCGCAAGACCUUACCAACCUUUCACGUGUACUUUUACAAGCUUUGGCUUACGCUUUUGGUCUUCCCCCAGCAACUCUUCUCGCAUGUCACUCAGGGAUGCUGAAAAGCGACGGUUGCAAUCCGUCCACGAUGCGGCUGCUGUAUUACCCUCCCGUGCCCCCCGAGGACGAGGGACCAUGUUGCCAUGGUGAUGGCGUAGCGUACACCCGCUGUGGGGCACAUUCCGAUAGGUGUACAUUCACUUUGGUUGCACAGGACUCGGAAGGAGGGCUCGAGGUCAAACUCAAUGGAAGCGAAAAGUGGCAGGCCGUAGGACAUCUGCAGGGAGCAAUACUCGUCCAGACCGGAGAACUUUUAGCGUCCUGGACAACUAACUUGCUGCCAGCUCUUAUGCACCGCGUGGUCGUCCCGUCGGGCACGUACGCGCGCGCGCGCGGGCGCCACUGCGUCGCGUUCUUCUGCCACCCCGACAACGACGCCGUCAUCCCGGCGCUGUCCCGCGUGGCGCCCGCCCCCGCGCCGCCCGUCUUCACCCCGCACACGCACCUCACGCUGCACCACCGCCUGCUCAACGCGGCGCAUCAUCUCCAGAAACGCUUUAGGGAAACGUACGCGUGACUAGUACGGGACAGCGGGAAGGACGCAUCGUACAAAACGCUAGCCCGCCGUCAUGCUUCUCCUUAAAGAUUCAACGAAAUAAUCGGCUAGCCAAAUAUACGAGUCGAUGGUCACACCUGUCAAUCGACCAACGUUGACAUGGCGCUCUCACGCAGCUGUCGAGUCUCAAAUGAACAUCGUAGACUUACAAAAACAAAACUAUUCAGAGAAGCACAAAUUCAUUUUAAAAAAAACGGCUCAUUAUCUACGUUGGGGUUAUUGACUCUAAAAAUGAUAUUAAAAUAUGCAAUAGUAUUAAGAAUAUAACGGCAUUGUUGCUCAAAACCUUUUCAAAGAUUUAUAUAUCAUUCCAGAUUUGACAUUUAUUUUAUGUGGCCGAGAUGUGAAUUCGCUUUUUGAGCUUAUUUUGAAAAUGUAUUUUGACUUUCUUUAAUUUUAAGUACUUAGCAAUUAGCGAUGUGUGAUCGCAAUUUUCUGCUUAUUCGUUUAAUUAAAUAUAUAUGUUUCGUCUUGUGUUCUUGCUUCUGCAUUUUAUAUCAUUAAGAUUUAUUUAAACUGUUUUUUUAUUUAUUAUUGUGAUUAUUCUUCACGUCUACUUAUUAUUCUUACUAAGUAAAUCGUGAGAUAUGUUUGAUAGCUCAAUUUGUUAUCUGUACUUAAAUAGGAAUAUAUAAUUAUUCCCUUUUUCUAGCUUAAUAUUAUAAUUCAAAGCUUUUACCAUUACGUAUUGGACAUUAAAACUUAAAAAAACUGUAUUAAAUGAAACAGUACUUAAUUAUCGCCUUCGACUCUUAUGAAACAGUAUCAAAAUUU